CUUAGCCAAUGAUAUGACUGAGGAAGGCCAAAGAGGCGGGGGCAUGACGUGGGUACAUUAGGGCUAUAAAGACAACACAACACGCCGCAUCGUUGAGAAUUUACAUGUGCAUCUUUGUUGUCUUCUGAAAACGCUUUCAACAUACAAAUACAGACUUCCUGAGUGGACGCCGCGAAACAGACCGCUGUUCAUCAUGGCACUGGACGGAUGUGGCCUCGCGUGCAAAUAUAUCCUCGUCAUUUUCAACAUCAUCUUUGCGGUACUGGGGUUUGCCUUCUUGGGUCUUGGCAUGUGGCUGAGGUUCAGCGGAAGCACCAGAGGCAUAUUCGAAAUAGAGGCCCUCCACUCAAGUGCAUUUGUCAUAGCUGUGACUGUACUGAUAGCUCUCGGGUCAGUGAUGCUGAUUGUGGUGGUGUUUGGAGACUACGGUGCCUGCAGUGAGAAAAGAUGUUCUCUGAAAGUGUUCUCCGUCCUUGUGUCCUUUCUGGCUUUAGCUGAAGUUGUUGUUGGAGUGCUUGUUUAUUCCAAGAGUGCUGAGUUUCGGAUGAGUGUUGUGGAGUUCUACAGUAGCAUGUAUGCUCUGUAUUUGUCAAAUGGAGACCCAGUCAUUGGCAUCACUCUCACGUUCAUCCACAAAAUGCUUCACUGCUGUGGAGUGACAGGGGUCUCGGCAUUAGAGGUGGUUCAAAACACUUGUCCCAAGCCAGAUGGGUGGAUUCAGCACAUCAUCAUGCCUAAUUGUCCUGGGAUCAUUGCAGAUGUCUUUAACAGUAAAGCACCAUUGGUGAUGGGCAUGUUUGUUGGAACUGGAGCUCUUUUGAUCAUAGCUCUGAUUUGUAGCACAACCCUCAGUAAAAAGAUGAGUCAGUCCACCUCAUCUCCUCAGUACAUCAUUCUGACUCACUCAACUUCUGUUGUGGCUAACCCUCAACCAUCCCAGCAUGAAUUUGUUUCCACUUCCUACCCCCACCCUGACCAGGACCCAGUCUUCUUCACCCCUCUCACUGUGGCCAACAUCCCUAUGCCUCAUGCUUAGUACACGCUUGUCAGUUUUUACUUUCACUGUCAUGUUCAGCUCUUGGUGUGUCUUCAGCUUGCUUUAAAAAGGAAAAAUACGCUCUAAAAGACCUACGGCACAACUAUAACAGCCCUCCAUCUAUUGGAACUGUUGUGUUCUUGGUUUUUUUUUUUUUUUUUUUAUUCUCAGAUUAUUGGCCAAAUGCUGAUGUGCCAAGAUUUUCCAAGCACAGCUGCAGUGGGGGGAUUUGACAGCAGACACCUUUUAAAUCAAAGAGCAUUAUCAAGCUAAUCAUGUAGCACACAUUUUCAACAAACACACAUCACAAAGCAACAUAAAAAAAUAUAUUUAAAAAAAAAAAAAUUCAACUCCUCUCUCAACAAAUUUCUCCCCCAUUACUAAAUAUGUUUUUGGUCCCAGCUGCUUCUGGGAUUCUGUUUUUGGUAAAUGUAUCUAGAGUUAAAGAAUACAGAUCCAGGGUUAGAUUUUUCCUUAAAGUGUCUACUUAUUUCUCAUUGAACAUUUUGCCUGUUUUAAUUUCACACAAGCUUCUUUUUAUGUGGCUGCAUGCAGAUUGGUAGCAGGUACUUGUAAGGGCAACCUGUCUCUGUCUAACACUAACUCAUUCUGUGGCUGGUUUCAUCCUGGCAGUGAUAAGGAGUAGGAAGUAGGCUGUUCAAUGCAGAGCUCUUUUUGUCCCAUCCCUGCUCUUUACUUCCCCUCCUCUCUGUCUGCAUGACAGAUUACUGCCCUGGUCUGCUCCAUUAUCCUCCUGAAAGAGAUCAAGAGAGUCCAGCAGGGGAUCACUGCGUACUAUACGACUGUGUACUAAGAGGAGGAUUCCGUUUUCAACCCUUACCCUCCUCUGCCUCAUCAAUGAAGACCAUCGCUGGAAUUCAGGCACAGCUAGCAAAUAAGGGAUUUUUCUCUGUAUGUGAACUACUCAUCACACUAGUUUUAGAACUGAACUAGAAUUUGUUUGUUUAUCCUAAAAUAAUACAUUGUGCUAAUAAUUUGAUCCAUUGCGAAGAGAAGAAACAAAUACCUGCUUUGUUCAGAGUUGUUGACAUCAGUAUUUUAUUGUGCUUUUUUUUUUUAAACAAUCAUGCAUUAACUCCUGGUGAAAUGGAUGUUACUUAUAAUUAGCUAUUAUUCAUCUAGCUAGAAACCAUCACAGGCUAGACAGCAUGUGCGGUCUAGCCUGACAGGCCUCUACAUCUUUGCGGGCAUACAAUCUGUAAUCUGAAACACCACAUCUGUUACAGAUGUAUAGAGAGAACAGGAAACUUUGUUUAUAUCAAACUUCCGCAUGUCUGUUACACAUUUUAGCAGUUAUGUUAAUAUGCAGCUCUUGUGCCUUUGUUGCUACAUGUGGAAGAGUUAAAUACUCGCUGAGGUACUGGUAAAUACCACUGUAAAAGUGCAAAAGGGAUCAUUUUCUUUAAAAAUCAAUUUCAUAAGCUUUUAUUUAAGGUUAGGUCAAACGACCCUGAAAUGGGAGGUCAUCAUAACACCAGCCAUUAAGCAUGUCAGGGUGUAAUGGCUGCACAGUUAGAAUCACUUUGUUACGUUUUUUUUUUGUUUGUUUUUUUAUACUAGUGUAAUUAUUCCUUUGCCGUAGUUUUGCAAAACUUGCAUUCCAUUGUGUGUUCACAGGACCCGUUAGAAAAUAUAGUCAAGCACCUUCUUGAGUGACAAAUAUUCCGCAGGCUUUCCUCAGACAUCAGGUUCUGUCUGACGCUGUUAAACUGAUUGUGAAACAUUUCAAAGGGAACGCUUUAGAGCUGUGAAGCAUUAAGUGCUGUCUUCCUUUAAAUGCUGGUUUGUUACUGUUUAGAACGGAAACAGCCAAAUGCCUUGAGUUGCCCCCUCCCCCCUUCUUUGUACUACUAUUACUUUGCACUAUUGUUCACAAUUUUUGAAAUAAAUAUUCCACAGAGGGCGUUUCCCCUCUUCUUCA